AAAAAAAAAGUUGAGCAGGAAAUAAGUUCUUAUAAGUUCUUUGCCUUGGCACUCACAAGCUGUCUAACUGCACUUAUUGAAAAGGUGUGACCUCUGCUAUUUGGUUUCAGUUUCACAAGUAUUCCCUCAUUGGUUUCUGUUUUUCCCAAAUGUGGAUGUCCCAUGCAUGGGGAGAAAAGCUGGGUUGGGGAUCAGAAGAUGCCACAGGUUUCCCUGCCCUUGUUCUGUUUGCACAUACCUGUUUUUAAGCUAUUGGAACUGUCUGGCAAAAAUGUAACUUGGAUACAGCAUUGUGAAGCUUAAAAGAAGGUUGAAGUGCAGCUGGAGGUGUCAGCUGAGCAUUUUCUCAGUGUUGCUGAGCUGCUGGCAGAAGAACUGCUCCAUUAAGGUUAGAUGGGGACAUCGUUUUCCUGCCUUGCUGUCAAGUAAAUCACCCCAUGGAAGGUAAAUGGACAGCAUUCUGUUCUCACUGCCCCAUCUGGAGCUGUCUGCAUGGAUUUCCCUACCUGCAAGGAUGGAGCUGCUGAAAGAUGGUCCUGGUUUCACAUAAGGGUUUAUCGAGCAGGAAGAGCCUGUCUGCAUGCUGGCCCCAUACCUCAACAGGAACAGUUAUCAGCUGCUGACUCAUGCAAACCUCUGGCACUCAUUAACCACAGCUGCUUGCCAGUAGGAUGAGGGGUGGGAUGCAGGCAGGGCUGCAAUUGGUUUGGGGCUGCAGAUGGAAGGUGGGAUUUGGUGCUGCUGUGCUCCCCGUUACGACAUCUGAAGGGGCUCUUCUUUUGAGGUAGGAACGCAGUGGCCCAGCAGGUUGGGGCUGUCUUUGUGAGCAUUCAGCAUGUCUUUCAUCCACGUGGACAAGGACUCAGAUUUCCCUCUGCAAAAUCUCCCCUAUGGGGUUUUUUCCACAAGGGAGGAGCCUCGGCACAGGAUUGGAGUAGCAAUUGGAGACCAAAUUUUGGAUCUCAGUGUUAUCAAGCAUCUGUUUAAUGGACCGGCUCUUGCCAAACACCAGCAUGUCUUUGACCAGCCCACUCUCAACGCCUUCAUGGGGCUGGGUCCCACGGCCUGGAGGGAAGCCCGUGCCCUGCUGCAGUCACUGCUGUCAGCCGCCGAGCCGACGCUGCGGGACAACGCAGGCCUGCGGAAACGGGCAUUUGUACCUCAGGCUUCUGCUACCAUGCACCUGCCAGCACACAUUGGAGAUUACACCGACUUUUACUCGUCGCGACAACACGCCACCAACGUUGGGAUCAUGUUCCGGGGGAAGGAGAAUGCUCUGAUGCCCAACUGGCUGCACCUGCCUGUUGGGUAUCACGGCCGGGCAUCUUCUGUUGUGGUGUCUGGGACGCCCAUCCGGAGACCUGUGGGGCAAAUGAAACCUGACAAUGAUAAACCACCAGUGUUCGGUGCUUGCAAGCGUUUGGAUAUUGAGUUAGAAAUGGCAUUCUUUGUAGGACCUGGCAACAAGCACGGGGAGCCAAUCCCAGUCAGCAGAGCCCAUGAGCACAUCUUUGGAAUGGUCCUUAUGAACGACUGGAGUGCCCGUGACAUCCAGAAAUGGGAAUAUGUUCCUCUGGGCCCAUUUCUGAGCAAGAGCUUUGGCACAACCAUCUCCCCUUGGGUUGUCACCAUGGAAGCUCUUCUCCCAUUCCUGCUGCCAAACCCCAUCCAGGAUCCCAAACCACUGCCCUACCUUCGGGAUGAAGAACCCUACACUUUUGACAUCAAUCUCUUUGUUGCAAUUAAAGGAGAAGGAAUGAGCACGCCAACUACUAUAUGCAGGUCCAAUUUCAAGCACAUGUACUGGACCAUGAAGCAGCAGCUGGCACAUCACUCCAUCAAUGGAUGCAACCUUCGACCAGGAGACCUCCUGGCAUCAGGAACCAUCAGUGGGCCUGAACCUGAGAGCUUUGGCUCCAUGCUGGAGCUUUCUUGGAACGGGACAAAAGAAAUUCCUCUUGGCUAUGGACAGUCUCGUAAAUUCCUGCAGGAUGGAGAUGAAAUCAUUAUAACAGGUUACUGCCAAGGCAGUGGCUACCGCGUGGGGUUUGGCCAUUGCUCAGGAAAAAUCCUCCCAGCUGUAUCAGGUCUGUGAUGUUUGUGGGAACAUCCAGGAGGAGGAGUAAAAGAAGAUGGAAUAUAAGGGAAAGGAGAAGGAGGACAUCUCCCCCCCUGUGCUUCUGAACUCAGAAUUAUUAUUUUUAUAGGA